AUGAAUGCAUACAAGCAACAUUUUAUUCGCAUGGCUAUCUAUAAUCGAUGGGCUUUUCAGCAACUCUAUGAUAAAUUAGACAAACAUAUUUCUAAUGAAAAUUAUUAUGCUGAUAAUGAUCUUUACUUUCGAUCAAUUCAUGGUACAUUAGUUCAUUUAUUAUUGUCAAGCAAACUUUGGUAUUCCCGUUUAACUAGUUCAUCAUCAAAUCCUCUUGAAGAUGAAAAAUAUCCAUAUGAAAUAAAUUCUUAUUGGUCUCGUUCAGCAAAUGAAUGGGAACAAGCAAUUCAAGAUCGUGAAGAUGUAUAUAAUCAAAUCAUAAUCGAAUGUGAUCGAUGGAUUGAUUAUGUAAAAGAAUUAAAUUCCGAAAGUUUAAUGGCGGAAGAAAAAUUUCAAUAUAUUGAUACAGAAGGUAAUAAACAAGAGCGUAAUCGUGCUGAAGCCUUAGAUCAUAUAUUUAAUCAUAAUACUCAUCAUCGUGGACAAAUAACUGCAAUUAUAACAAAAUAUGUUGGACAAGAUGGCUCACCUGUACUCGAUUUAUCUGCUAUGUCGAAUAAUUAG